CUCUAAUCGUUUAAUUCCAGGUCGAUGGGGAGCCACAGACUCAAACGCCAUUGCAAGUGAACACAGCUUUUUAUUGCCAGAUGCAAGAUAUGCUUGUAAAGCCAGGAAUUCAGGAGCUACUAAAAUACAAUGACAUGUUAUUAUACCAGCAACAGGUGAAGAUCUUGUCAAGCGAAUUCAGUAACGAUCUUUCAAUCUUACUAUAUGUCCUGUACUAUAUUUUAUUCAUCUAUGAUGAGUCGGUGCUAUGCUUCUUUCUGCGAUGUUUUAUGCAGUUGGUUUUGUCCUAUGUGAUGUCUCCCUCGAAUGGUAGCGAUGAAAUGAUUCCAGGCCUUAGCCGGCUCAAUAUUUCCCGGUUAUCAGGAGUAACGGGGACAAAUUCCACUACUGCUGGAAGCACGGUUGCUAACAACAACGGAAAUGAACCUGGCAGGUCCGGCGAUGCUAACAAUGAACUUAACGUUGAUACCAUCGCAUCCACAGAGAGCUUUGACGAUAUUGAAGCCUUGUUUUCACGGUGGACUGUGGCGGAUAAGGUAAAGUUUGUACAGAAGAUCCUACUGUGUCUGGCUGUUGGAUGGGGUUUGAUGAUUGUGUAUCAACUUGCUUUUUGUCUGGAUGAUACUUACGGCGCUAUAAGCUAUAGCGUUUUUGGUUCUUUAAACAAGAGUAUACGGCAAAGUGCUUAUUCGAAUAAGCAUUAUGCAAAUCUUGAUCAAUGGUCUUCGGAGAAUGCAUUCACCACAGGAUCUGUGCUGUUGAAUAUGAUUGGGGAAACCAAGCUAAGGUCAAAAUUUAUGAAAUUUUUUACUAUCAUCAUGCUAGACUGCUUUAUCAUUACGAUACAAUUGAUUGAGGUUUUACUGAAUUAUAUAGUGGGUUUUGGAAUAGUAGAAAGGAUAACAGAGGGUGCUAAUAGCACCAACGAUCCACAGAGGGAAUAUGAUGGGCGUCAAGGGAGGACCACUAUUCUCAAACUCAAUCCAUUUGAAGCUUUUGGGAAACUAUGAAACUGUAAGCUACUUUUCAUAUCAGUUUUCUGUAAUUCGAUGUACAUACGCACAUGCAGAAGAGACCAAAUGAGUAUUUGGAGCUUCCUGUA